AUAAUGAAACCGAAAAGUCGAAAAGCUUAUCCAGAAGUUCAGGAGUGUAUUUUCUAACAGAGCUUUAGAGAAAAGCACGUUGGUAGCUAGCAUGGCUCUGGAGAAGUGUUUAGGAGUAACCACAGUGCGCACAGCCACACCCCACCUUUCUCCGUGCUUUCCAACUUCAAGGGAAAAGCUGCUUUUCCCAACUCACACAGGUUUCAAGAAAUCCAUGCCAAACACAAAACUCUCAUACCAAUCUCUCUAUUCAACCUACCGAAAAUCCCGUUUUGUUUGUAAUGCUCGUGAAGCAGUAAAUGAAGUGAAAGAGGUGACUGACUCAAGCUGGAACAAACUUGUGAUAGCCAAUGAAACCCCUGUUCUGGUAGAAUUUUGGGCACCGUGGUGUGGACCAUGCAGGAUGAUAGCACCUGUUAUCGAUGAGUUAGCGAAGCAAUAUGGUGACAAAAUUGCAUGCUACAAGCUUAACACAGAUGACUCCCCAAACAUAGCAACUCAGUACGGCAUCAGAAGCAUACCAACAGUUCUGUUCUUCAAUAAUGGAGAGAAAAAAGAAAGCAUAAUCGGUGCAGUUCCCAAGUCUACUCUGUCGGCGACAAUUGAAAAAUAUAUUGAUUUAUAAGCUGGUAGUGCCAAAUAAUGGCAAGCAUUACAAUGCCAAAAAUGAAAGGACUGUAAAGGGAGAAGUGAUAAUAGUCACAUUGCAAAUUUCAUUCUCUUUCAUUUUUUUUCCAUGCCCUAUAAGGCAAAAGAUAGUGUCUGUUUAUAUGUUCAAGAACCAUCUUUUCAUCAGUGGCUUGACACUUGGAAGUAAUACUUGUACUCCUUUUUUCA